GUCAACAACAUUAAACAUCUUCGGACAGCGCUCGUGCACAUCUGCCAGCAUGGAGCCAAAAAAGCUGAAUGGAUCCCUCAUCCAGAAGAAAAGACCAACCAGCCUAUACACAGUGCCAUUAUGUCUGCAAAAGGGGCCACAGUGCUGGCAAAGACAAAGACCCAAUCAGAAGAUUGUCAGAAGAACCAGGAAGUGUCACAGAAGAAGCUGCUCUCUCACGAGGCCCAAUGCAUCGCAAGCAUUUUGGUAAACUGCAUUGGCCAGGUUGAGAUUGCAGCUACCCUGCCUGCUGUCCUCCAGUUAAACAGUGUGUCCGGUGUUGUGGACAAGGAAUUGAGUAGGGCAAUUAAAGAGCAUCAAAUAUUAGAUGGAAGACUGGAGACACUUGAAGGUCUCAAUCAGGUGUCAGAUGGGGAACAAGAGGGAGAAGUUGAAAAAGCAAGGGCUCAGCUUGAGAAGGACUUCAAGGACUCUGUCAGGGAUCUGCUAAGGGUUGCCCGAUCCCAUCCAGAUGCCAUUUGUGGUUUGAUGGCAGGGCUAGGUAUGAAAGUAGGGGAAAGUGAGUACAUGCUUAUUAAAGGACUUGAGAAGUUUCACAGCCAUGUGGUAGAAAGGUUGCUGAUCAGUCCGGAUGAGGAGCUACAGCAGGUUCUCCACAAGCAGGUGUCUUCAUCCCCUGCCCACGAUCUGGAUCACAUAGCUUCACAGGAAGAAGAAGUAGCCACAGACAUGAAGCAAGUAAAUGCAAAGAUCGCUCAGAAAAAUGAUGAGAUACAAAAUAUGCAGAGUUCUCUAAAAGGGAACAACAGACAAGAACCGGGUACGUCACUUCUUGCUGAGAAGCAGGGCCAGUCACAAAACAUGAAGCACACCGGUAUACAACAGGAGAUUGAUCAGCUGAACAGUGACCUCAACAAUUUGAUCCUUAAAAACAGGCAGGUAGAGAGAGAAAUCCAAGAGAAAAAUGAAAAGCUGGAGACAGAAAUUGAAAACUUGCUAGAAAGCUUUGACAAUGAAAUAGAAGAAACCCAGGCCGACCUGGAGUUGAAUGGAAUGGAUUAUGAAAGGGAGGAGGAGGAGCUGAGGAAGCUGGAGAAACCCUUUUCUGCACUGGAGGUGGAAUGCAUCCAGAUCCAGGAGAAGCGUCGGCUAGCAGAAGAGAAGAGAAAGGAGGAGAUGAGAGAGCUGGAGUUGAAGACCAAAGCUGCUAUUUUGGCCCAAGCCUGGUGGAGAGGCUACAGCACUCGCAAGUCCUUAAAGAACAAGGGCAAAAGCAAGAAGGCCAAAAAAGGCAAAGGCAAGAAGAACAAAUAAACCUCUGACUAGUUUCUUACUCUGGUGAUACACAGAUAAACAGUCUGUCGGUCUUUUACAAAAAAAACC